UACUCUUUCGAUUGCACAACAAAUACCUAACAAUCAUGAGUAUUGUACUUUCAAACUAUUUGCAGGUGAAUCUACACCUGUCAACAAUCAAACCAGUAAUAUAUUUAUUUAUAUCCACGUAUGUAGAGUCGUCUAGUCCAUCUACAAGCUUCUCGCGUCCAUCACGAUCAGAACAUUCUGCACGGUGGCUAACCAAACGGGUAACUGUAGCAGUGGCCCAGUGGGUCAACUUGUGCGCCGGCGCCGCAUAAACGCACUUAAUUAUAUAUAACUCGUAUCACCUGUUAGCAGGCUUGAAUAACGACAUCCUUUACAUUUUAAUGAGCUUAAUAAGAUAAAUCGUAUGUGGGUAAAGACCAAUUUCUGGUCCUUACUUCCAUGAUCCAUUUUUGAUGGAGAACAGUAAUGUCAUUAUUUAUACAACGCUUGCUGAUAUUGAAAUCACGUUUUUAAAUAAUAAUUAAAAAAAACAAUUAAUAUGUCCCCGAGCAUGGUUUAUGUUGGUCAAUAAAAUGUACAAUGUUAUUAAAAUGCGAUACAGUACAGUCGCGUUCGGACCGUAGGACCGGUUCGCAAACGACCUUGCGUCCGCACACGUUCACUUACUGAUCUAUAGAUUGAGGCUUCGUAAUAUUUGUUUAUUGGUCGUUCUGUGCCAAUACAGUGACUGGUACUAUAAUUCCACAUAAAUAACACAGAUUUAUAAAUACCCUCGAGACUUUUUGUGUGACAAUGUUGUUUCAAAUGUCUUGAAAAUAACCUCUGUAAUUACAGUAAUUGUGAACGUGCUGAGUGUCAUCAGGUAUACAUUGUAUCGUCGCCGUGCCAUUGACCUUCGUGCAAACACAUCACCUUGAGGCUCUAUUGUACCCUGAAUCACAGCUGUUCCAGGCUGUUUGUUAUAACAUGACGCACAAACACUCGCGUCGUGCGACAGGUGGCCAAGCUGUCCGCGUUCUAAGGCUUCACACGUAAUGGACAGGACACCAGAUGGCAAACGCUCAGCUUCAUGUACUCAACACGUUAUUCUUUGUCAUAAUAAACCAGAAUGUACUCGCAUACCGGUACAUACCACGUUACUUACAACAUCACAAUAACCCACCGGAUUACUCGUUGCGCAUUUAUGCUUUUCCCCUAUCAAUAUGUACGUGUUUACUGUUCAUCGAGCAAAGAAACUGACCGUCUCUUAGAAAGCAUUUCUUCAGUCUUUCAGCAAAAACAGCGCUUUUAAUAUUUACCUGUAUCCGUUUUGUGCGCAAGAGUAUUGAGUAUUGCUUUCUCUCAAGCGGCGCGCGUCGCGCUGAGUACGCAUGCGCCACGCCAGUCGCUCACGGCCGUUCAGUGAGGCCGCACGCGUCGGUGUUUCAGAUAUUCGCGAAUCGAUCAGUCGGCGGGCCGUGCCGCCGUCUACGUCAGUAGCUAGUGUUUAAGUGUCCACAGUGCAAAAACAUUAUUUGUGAUCAAACACUUGGGACUUACCAAGGUUAGCAGUGUUGUGUUGCAAAAAAGGAGAUUCUCAAGUGUAUUUUUUCCUCAGCCAUCGUCACGCGCUUUGACUCCUUUUUAUAUCCAUUCGUAACAUUUGUUACAAGUGAACGAUAAAGUGACAUUGUGAUAAAUGUUUAACCGAAGCUACAACUGAACUCGAUCCUGAAUACGACUGAUGGAAGUGAUAAAAUUGUGAAUGAAGUUUUGUUGGUAAGACUUGUGGGUGUAUGUGCGUUUGAUGUCCAAAGUGGCGAAGUCGGAGUCGCGAGUCGAGUUAGUGGGUGAUGGAGAGGGUGAUGGCUGCUGCACCUGCUCUGGCAUGAGGAUCGGUGACAUUGGCGGCGUUUUGCUCGAAGCUGCGAAGCUUACCAGGUCUUGGUUCUGUCAGAGGCCUGGGUACGGCUUCUCGCAAAAGGUAGACGAGGAAGAAGGCACGGGCGGGGUGGCGUUACAUCCCCCCGACGGUUUCUACACCCACCAGCACUCCAUACAUGCCCACCAUGCGAACACCGCGGAGCCUGACCGAGGCUAUAUGGAGGGCAAUCGAUACGUCACUGCUGUACACAGACCGCUGCCUGCAUUAAACCACUCGAACUCGUCAUGCUCGUCGGCGUCGAACGCGUCCACGGGGGCGGGGCUGUGCGCGGGCGCAGCCGAACCGGCGCCGCCGUUGUACAUCGCCGCCCCUCCAGAGGGGUUCGGACUAGCCGUACAUACAAACAGGCGAGGCACAGAUGUGUCCAUCAUGGGUACCACCGGGAUUACACAAAAAGAUCCUUCAAUGCCCCAAAAAAGGGGUAAACUGACUAGAGGCCGUUAUGAGAUGUCCCAAGACCUUCUCGACAAGCAAGUGGAGAUCCUAGAACGAAGGUACGGAGGUCUCCGAGCGAGGAGGGCCGCUGUCACCAUACAGAGGGCUUUUAGAAGACGACAGUUGUUGAAGAAGUUCAGUGCCAUCACUGCUAUGGCGAAGGCCGCUGACUCUAACGCGAGGAGGCUGCAAGAUGGCCCUGAUCAUGGCCAACUAGUCAAUGGUACAGACAUGUACGGUAACUCAAUAAUGCAGAAGAGUCCUGCUGGCGCAGAGAAGGUCCUAGCGCUGACCAGGCCCAUGAGAUCUAUGUCCUUACGGGAGCGACACGAUAUUGACAUGAGCAACCACAUGGUCCUCGACCCUCAAAGCGAGGUCGAAGCCAUGGUGGCCCGCGUGCAGCAGUCAGCUCACCAGAUCCACAUGAUAGCUGCCGAUAUGCCGCCCCUACACCGCGGGGACGCCGACAGCGGGGUAUGCAGUUGCUCAGUAAGCGGCUCGGUUACCAACAUAUCUACGUCAUCGUCGCACAAUGAAUCUCUACACAACCACCAGUUACUCAAUAACACAGGCCCAAUAUACGGAAACCUGCUAUCCUCCGGUGGCAAGCCGCUGUCCUCUCCCACGGCUCGACAGCAGCAGCAGCUAGCUGCUAUACAAGCUGCCAACGCCAGGCGAUUACCACCAGAAGUACCGAAGAGGACUAGCAGUAUUACACUCAAUGCCGAGAGCCCAGUCUCGCUCCGUCGCGCGGAAUGCGGCGCCGUCGUCCGCGGGGGGUCAAUGUCCUCCGUGCAGUCCUCAUCAUCAUCAUCGUCACAGGAACACCGCCAUCACUACCACCAGCCAUACCAACCCAGGGCACCUGAGACGCUGGUGGUGUCGGAGGGCUACGCGCACACCCGCUCGGCGUCGGGCGGCGGCUACGAGGCGGAGCGCUACGCCGUGUGGAAGCGCCAGGACGCGCCGCCCUACUACGAGGCCCCGCCCCCGCCCGCGGCUUGCUGCAGGCCACAGCAUGAUCACCACCAACACCCGCAUCAGCCGCUCAAGGUAUCAGAAACAGUCCGCAAGCGUCAAUACCGCGUUGGCUUAAACCUGUUCAACAAGAAGCCAGAGCGAGGUAUUGCCUACCUGAUCUCUCGCGGUUUCCUGGAGAACUCCCCUCGAGGAGUCGCCAGGUUCCUCAUCACGAGGAAGGGGCUCAGCAAGCAGAUGAUCGGAGAAUACCUUGGGAAUCUCCAGAAUCCCUUCAAUAUGGCUGUACUUGAAUGCUUCGUAAACGAGUUGGACCUGUCCGGCAUGGCGGUGGACGUGGCCCUACGCCGCUACCAGGCGCACUUCCGGCUGCCGGGCGAGGCGCAGAAGAUCGAGCGCCUCGUCGAGGCCUUCGCCAGGAGGUACUGCGUCUGCAACCCGGACUUCGUGCAGAGGCUGCGCACUCAGGACACGAUAUUCGUCCUAGCCUUCGCCAUAAUAAUGUUGAACACGGACUUACACACGCCCAACCUAAAGCCGGAAGCUCGCAUGUCCCUGGACGACUUCGUGCGCAACCUUCGCGGUAUCGACGACUGCGGAGACAUAGACCGGGAUAUGCUGGCCGGGAUCUACGAUAGAGUCAAGUCCAGCGAGUUUAGACCCGGCAGUGAUCAUGUUACGCAGGUGAUGAAAGUCCAAGCUACCAUCGUGGGUAAGAAGCCGCACCUAGCUCUACCGCAUCGUCGCCUGGUCUGCUACUGCCGUCUCUACGAGAUACCCGACAUACACAAGAAGGAACGGCCUGGCGUGCAUCAGAGAGAGGUGUUCCUGUUCAACGACCUGCUGGUGAUCACGAAGAUCUUCAGCAAGAAGAAGUCGUCAGUAACGUACACGUUCCGACAGUCGUUCCCGCUGUGCGGCAUGCUCGUCAACUUGUUCUCUGUGCCACACUACCCGUUCGGUAUCCGCCUAUCGCGCCGCGUGGACGGGCGUCGUCUGGCGACGUUCAACGCCCGCAACGAGCACGACCGCUGCAAGUUCGCUGAAGACCUGCGCGAGAGCGUCGCCGAGAUGGACGAGAUGGAGGCCAUGCGCAUCGAGGGAGAACUCAAUCGCGGGAAGGGAAGGCCCGCAGGGAAUAAUGCCAGGAAUGUCAUGGAGAAUCGAGAUAGCGGUGUCGCCGACGUUGAAAUCGAUCACCAGCAGUGUAUGGACCACGUCCAUAUGCAUGGUGUGGUGGUCCCGCCGCCGCCCUCGUGCCCCGCCCCGGCGGCGCCCUCGCGCCUCUCGCAGAACCCGCCGCCCACCAGCAUCAUCAAGCGGAACGUGCUCAGCAACUCGCUCGUCGAUAUUAACGACCCAGUGGCCCUGGCAGCAGAGCGGCUGCAGCGUCGCGGGUCGGUGGGCUCGCUGGACAGCGGCAUGUCCGUGUCGUUCGCGCACGGGUCGCGACACGCGCUCGCCGCCACCUCGCCGCGACAUCCCAACGAACAACGCUCCCCAGGUCGCUUAUUCAGUGGCAUUGGCGGUAUAAGCGGAAUAUUCCCCGGCCGUACGCGCAAACUGAGCGCAUCCGGAAUUCCGGAUCCGAAACACGGACAGGUCGGGAAGAGCACGGAAGUGUAAACAACAACGGUAACAACGUUUAUUGUAAUCGUUUGAAUACCUGAGAAACGAAUUCCAGACUCUGAUUGGUCGGAUUUACCGAACGCACACGAGCGCGUUCGGGCAUCUUCGUUUUUUUAAUCGUACGGGAUUUUGUCAAGAGCGCGUCUGCUCUAGGUGAUUGUCGACUAAUCUUUACAAUGUAUAGGUUGAUAUUUAAAUGGUCGGGUACCUCAUUUUCUUAGUGCCAUCUUAAUUUUCAAAGCACUAUUUAUUAAGUAUGGAAUUGAAUUUUCGCUAAUAAAGCUGAUUUGAAUAUUAUGUAUAAUUUAUCUUUGUAAUGAUAUUCACAAAUGAUUUCAUGUGAUUUUAAAUGGAUAGUACGGCAUCCAUUUUUAUUUGAAUAAUCUUUAAAGGCUAUGUUAGACUAGUUUUCUUGAAGAUUAUAAUUAAGCAUACAUUAAUUUGUGGAUAUCAAGAAAAGUUCUAAAUGCCUUGGUAAGGCAUUCAUUAUGAUUUUUACAAGAGUAAAAAUCUUUAUCAAUGACUCAACUUUUAACGUAAUUUAGCAUUUCGGCGAUCGCUAUUUACGGCUCUUAUCAGGGUAGGAUAAGUUUAAAGCAUUCAGGGCGGUUUUGGAUUAUAUAUUAAUUAGUACCAUUGGUACUCGAAUUUAUUAAUAUAUUUGACUUUACGAGCAAGGGAUAACAAGUAUGAUAACACGGAAAGUUUUCUGGCUGCUAAUUAGUUUUGGUGUAGCCAUUCUGAAUAGAACACUCUUCCUUUAAGAAUAAAGCUCAGUUCAUAUUAGCAGAGUCGAUGUUCAUCAAAGCGUAUAGUGUGUAAAGAAAAUUCAUCCUUAAUUUAACAGUGUAGUAGUCUCUAUUUCUUCAAAGAAAAACGACUCAACGAGGGCGAAUUUGCUACAGCAACUCAAAAUCAUUCUUACCUACGUCUCGUCGACUUUGCUAGAAUGAAUUGACCCUUAAAGACUUCAUUAGGACUUCAAAUUAUAUUCUGGAAAGAAAACAUCACUCACAAAUGGUGUUAUAACGAAAAUAAAGGCUUUUCGUAUGAAUCGAAGAUAAAUUGGGUCCACAUUACGGAUGUAGGAUAUUUCUUAGGAGUUGGGUUAAAACUCUGUCACUUUUACUGUACUAGAAUGUUCUCGUCUAAAAUAUAUGCUAAAGUUUAAUAUAAGAUUAUAUAAGGAUUCUUGAAAUUUUAUAUAAUAAGUGUUAUUCAAAUAUAAAUCAUGACUCGUAAUCACGUCGUAGGUAAAUUCGUCACAAUAAAAUUUUGCCAAAUAAAAAAAUAUUUUCUGAAUAGCAACUUUAAUAUUCAAAUCUUUAAUAAAUUAAACACGAUAAAAGUGACAGAGGUUUUAUAUUUAGCUAGAGUUAAAUGUGGCAACACUGGACGGUUACAGAAUGAUAAAAUAAGACGAUUUAUUAAAACUUCUGAUUGCAUUAAAUCACUAUUUAGAUUCACUUGAAAAAUUCAUUGCAUGUUACCAACCACAAAGUAUUAUAAACAUUACUUUAAUAAUAAUAAAAAAAAAGAAUGUUAACUUAUAGAUUUCACGAUAUUUUCUUUAGAAUAAUUGUACAUACGUUCGAGAUAGAAUGCAAUAGAAAUUUAAAGUACACAAAAUAAUCUUAAUUUCAGCACAAAAGCAAUACAUAGACAUCACAGUUAAAGAUAUAUUUAAUAAAAAUAAAAAUACGAAUUUAUUCACUAUUGUUGAUGAAUUUUAUUAGAUUAGGCGGUUUGAAGAUAUUUAAAAAAAAUAGGUUAGUUCUCAUUCCUCCUGACGUCUAAAAUCGUCUUCUUGCGAAAACGUCGACAUUGGUGCAUCUUCGAGUGUCCAUAAAAAUCUAUUAAAAGAAAAAUAUAUAAUUAAGAACAACCUAUAUCUUCCAAAAAUAUGUACGAUUUUCUGUAUUCGACUAAAUAUUAAAGGCUGCUUUUAAUUUUACAAUGUAUGAGUGGUUUUACAUUAUUUAUUAAUACCUAAUGUUACCGAUUCAACGUUUCCUUGGAUUUUACCGUAACUUAUAACUAAAUAGUGAUAAGCGCCUAUUGUAAUGACGGCGGUCGGCCUUUGAUCUGGGUUUCAUUAGGAACUUGUAUAAAAUACACAACUUUUACUCAAUUACUAACAGUUUUUGAGAUUACUGUUUAAUUCGUAGUCAAGUCGCUUACUUGAUUAAAACAUAAUACGGACAAUCUCACCUCCUGACUUAAGUGUCGACUAAUUAUAAUUAUGCAGCAGUUGGUAACACCAGUUACAUCAGAAAACAGUCAUUAGGAGGGUAGAAGAAAGUUUAAAAUAAAAAGUUUUGUUUUUACUGUUUUUAUGCUUGUUCCUAAGACUUGCAUAAAUUUUAAUGCCCAUGGAAAAUAUAUUCUUGAGAAUUCUUCAAUGAAAAUAAUCACCACGUUUGAGGUAACUUUAAAGAGGCCGACCCAGUUAAAAAUGUUGACUAAUCUAAUGUAGCUACUGUUGACUUUUUACCGGUUAUUUAGGCUUGUUGUUUCUACUUUGAUACGAGGGUAGAUAGAGAAUAAACGACUUGUUAUAAAGGAGGGAUAUUAAUGGAUAUUACGGUACCUUCAGAUGGGGGUAGUUUAAAAAAAAUGUCCAAAAUUGGUUAAAAUUAAUACUAAUGUCAUCAAAUCUUAAGAUAUUAAGGACAUUAGAUAAAUGAAUAAAUUCUAAAGGAAAUUUAAGUGACAUUAAUAUCAAUUUUAAUGCGAUUGAAUAAUCUAUAAUUCUAUGUAAAGGAAUUAAGCUGUCCAAUAUAUUUGAUUCUGAAUCUCUAAAUUCAUCACAAUUUCUUAUUUGGUUUGUCAUUUAAUCUGUGUACAGUCGAGCACGUAAAUAGAUACUUCGUUUUUUUUAAAUGUUUAACAAAAACUAUGAAGAAAUACAAUAUUUCUGGUGUCAAGAGAAAAGCUUACAUUUGAUGCAUUUUUUUUCUAAUCUUGAUAUAAACCUACUCAAAUCCUCAAAAAAAUUAACUUUUGUGUUCGGCUGUACAAAAAAGUGUUAAAAACUUUCAUAAUUCUUAAAAAAAAAUGUAAUGCAUGACAAAUUGAAAGGAAUUGAUGUAAAAUGUUUCUUCGUUGGAUUUUGAUCGUAAUGUGUAUUGUAUUAACGAUCUUUUUAAAUUAAAAACUAAUUAUUCCAUAUAGUUUCAUGAGAAACUCGAAUGUAAUGUUUGUAGGCGUGUUUUAAGCGAAAUGCGUCUUUAUUUUAAUAGGGAUAUGAUAUGAUUUUGUGGGGACGUGGUGUAUUUCUAUGUAUCCAACAUAUUGAAAUGGAUUUUUCAACUAAUUAAAGUUUCUCUAUACUUACUAAGAGCCAGUGGAUUUAAUGUUUAAUUUUAGUAUGUGAAUUUGAUUAGAAAGCUUAAUGGGAAAUAAACAAUCUGAUUUAUCUUAAGUAUAAGUAAAUAUAUGUUUUUAAUUACUAAAUUUAUACAAUACUUACGUUUUCUGUAAAUCAAUUAACCUUGUCUUCUAAUACUGAAACACAAUUGAAAUUUAAGUUAUUGAAUUACCUGUCUAUUUAAACCUUGAAGUGACAAGAUACUUAUUCUAUGCCAUAUUGUUCCCUAUACGUUGUUCCUAUACGUAAUAUUUUGAUUUUCAUAUAAAUAUAAGUUGAGCCAUAAUCUAAGAAAUACACCACUAAGCUUUGUGUGAAAAUAGAAUUUUCGAAUCGCUUUUGUAGAUUUCGCUUGGCGCCAAAGAUGUUUAAUUCUUGUGUUCAAAGUUAAGGAACCUUUAAUUUUUAAACAAAUCUUUAUAUUGUUUAAAUUUACGAUAUAUUUUGAGUAAUAUCUCAUUUUGAAUAUUUCGGGAUUGGGUGUGUAGUUUUAUUCAUAAUUGUAUACCAUCUUUUAUGAGAAUUUUCAAAUAGAAAACUUUCAAUACAGAAAUCUGAGAGAUGAAAAAUAUGAAUAAAACUACAUACUCUUCUGUUAUAGUAAUAAGUGGUUUUCAUUUCUGUAACAUACACCUACUAACUUAUUUAUAUGUAUGUAUAUUAAAGAGUAGUUUAUAAUAUAUAUAUUCUUUAGUUGGAAGCUGUUAAAAACAUUAGAUAUUAAGCAUAGCGCGCCUGCGUCAGCGCGUUGUAUCAUAGAAGUUGUUGAAAGUUGAUACAACUAAGUCACUUAAUAAUAAUUUUAUUUAAAACAUAAAACGAUGAGAAUGUAUUUAUUUAUUAAAUAUGAAUUAACAUUCAUGAA